CUGGCCGCGAUGACCCGCCCGCUCCGCCGAAGGACGGAGGCGCCCGCCCACCUCCAAGGCCCAGCAGCGGGUGUUGGCCCGGCCCCGUGACCCGCAGGCCCCGGGGACGGGGUUCACGGAAGCCGGUCCUGGGCGUUGGGAGGGGGAAGGUCCCGGACCCGGCGGAGGAGACGGUCCGGCCGCAGGACCCACAGCUCCAAGGAGCACGUUUCUCCCAGGCCGCAGCCCCCCCCCCCGCCCCCAUUCCGGGCAGAGAAGCCACACAGCCUGGGGGGCACGCACUCGUGCGGGUGCGGUCCCGGGAGAGCCCUUCCCGAGCCGCUCGGAAUCGCCAUCUUAAGCGUUUCCGCCGCCACCUGCGGCGACGCCACUUCCGGUGUCACCUGCGCCGUCGCGGGAGGUAAACCAGGUGCGCUGCGCCGGGAGCCGCCGGGAUGCAGCCGCCGGGAGCCGCGGGAGGCCGCGCCCCGCUCGUGCUGCUGGGCGUCCUGCUCCUCCGGGGUGUUCACACGGCCCUUACCUUGGAGAUCAAAGUGGAUGCACAUGUCCGGGGUUACGUUGGAGAGAAGAUCAAGCUGAAAUGCAUUUUCAAGUCGACGUCGUCUGUCACUGACAAGCUCACCAUAGACUGGACCUACCGGCCCCCCGGCAGCAGCCGCACCGAGUCAAUUUUCCACUACCAGUCCUUCCAGUACCCCAGCACCGCAGGCACGUUUCGCGACCGGAUCUCCUGGGUCGGAGACGUGUACAAAGGGGACGCGUCCAUAAGCAUAAGCAACCCCACCACCAGGGACAACGGGACCUUCAGCUGCGCCGUGAAGAACCCCCCAGACGUGCACCAUAACAUUCCCGUGACGGAGCUCACAGUCACAGAGAGAGGCUUCGGCACCAUGCUGUCCUCCGUGGCCCUUCUUUCCAUCCUCGUCUUCGUCCCCUCGGCGGUGGUGGCGCUGCUGCUGCUGGUGAGGAUGGCGAGGAAGUCUGCGGGCCUGAGGAAGAGGGGCAGGCCUGGCUACAAGAAGUCCUCCAUCGAGGUGUCAGAUGACACUGACCAAGAGGAGGAUGACUGCAUGGCGAGGCUCUGCGUCCGCUGUGCCGAGUGCUUGGAUUCAGACUAUGAAGACACGUAUUGAGGGAAGUUUGCAUAACGUAGGAAGAAUCGGUGAAUCACAGAGAAGUAUUGCCGCCGGCACGGAAGCCUCUCGGAGG